AUGUUUGAAGUCGCAGAAGAUGACAGCCACGCUCCGCAAAGCGAAGCGUGUGCGGCUGGCCCUCGGAAUGGCUAUGCUCUCUACGAAGUAGACCAAAAGGAUUGGACCUUGCCGAAUUUGGCGGCCUUUGGAGCUGCCAUCCACUUCUCCGUGGGAUCCGCGGGAGGCAGCGGCAGCUCCCUGCCAGCAGCCAACAGUGCAGCCGUGGCCGCUGCCAUCUCGGCGGCCGCCACGGCGGUGUGGCACGCGGCCGAGCAAGAGGCCGAGCAAAUCAAGCAGCACAAGGACGAGGACGAUGGCCCUGAAGAUGCCUUUCAGUCCAUCCGAAUUCCGCUGGGGCAUCCUCCAGUGCUCUUCGGAUUGCCGGGCAGUCAGGACUUGAUGAAGGAAAUUCUGAGGCACUUGAAAUGGCGCUUUGGAGAGUGCGCCUUUCACAUGUUCGACAAUGGUGAAAUUGGCGCCAAAGUCCUGCAAACUGUGGCGAACCACGAUGUCUUUGUGGUGAUUCUGAGAAACGACGCGAUCUCGGAGGUGAAUUUCUCCCUGAUGAGAUUACUGCUCACAGUGGAUGCGUUAAGAGGAGAAUCUCCACAUCGUCUCACAGUGGUCAUGCCAUGUUUGGAAUACGCCCGGCAGGACCGGAAGCUCGUGGCAGGGGAAGCCAUCGCGCCCAAGCUGCUGCUGCGCUGUAUCCGAACGGCCGGCGCCACGCGCUUCGUGACGCUGGACCUGCACAACCAGGCGGAGGCGGCCUUCAGUCCGCAGGGCAUGGUUUUGGACGAGUUGAGCUCAGAUGGCUAUUUGGCGGACUUCAUCAAGCGCAACGUCUUGGACUUCGACGAGGAUCACACCGUGGUCUGUGCCACCAACGGCGGCGGCAUGAAGUUCACACGACGAAUGGCUGAUAUCCUACGCGUUGGUUUCAUCAUGGCGGAUCGAUUUCGACAGAAGGGCGGUGGACGAGGUGAUGUGAAGAUCAUCUCAGACUCAGAGCUAAAAGCUGUCACAACCGUGAUCGUCAUUGACGACAUGUUCGACACCUGCGGAAAUUUGGUCGAGGUGUGCUCCGCAUUGCAUUUGCUUUUGCCAGAGGCUCGUUUGUAUGGAGUGGCUCCACACGGCUACUUCUCUGGAGAUGCUGGAGAGAAAAUCAAGUUACUCGUGGAGGACUGUAAGCUGCAGUGGCUGGCGGUGACCAACAGCGUGGACCAGACCGCUGCGCUGCGGCGUUUCUGCUCGCUGGAUCCGCAACUGGAGCGUCGGAUCAGAGUCAUUGAGAUCUCCAAGCUGCUGGCAGGUGCUAUCGCAAGACUUCAUUUGGGCGCUCCAGUGAAUGUCGCGAAGUUCAAAUCUCUUGGACCGAAUGAUCCAGAUCCUGUCCUUACGGACGCCUCGCAGCAGAACGCCGCGCCUUUGGAGGCCGCCUCGCCCCCCAACAAGCCCAGCCCGCCACCGCCGGGGCCAGGGCCGGGGCCCCUGCCCCUGGGGCCCUCGAAGCGCCGUGGCCCCGCGGCGGAGCUGAGGAAACGCGGUCAUGCAAGCCGUGGAAGUGGCUACGCCGAGCCCAGAGUCACUACAGUCACUGCAGAGCCCGAGCCCAGGCGGCCUGCAGAGAAGUCAAAGUGCCACGAGCCCUGCAUCUGCAAAGAUCGCGCCUGCGCAAGUUCGAAGCCCCUCAGCAUCCAGGCUGCUCGAAGUGCGGCCAGGGAGCAUCACGGUGCCAGUGGUGCCGGUGGUGCCAGCUGUGCCGCGAUCCUUUUACACAGGCCCGCUGGUGCCUGUGGCAUGUCCAGGAGCACAGAUCAGCCGGUCGCCGUCGCCAGGUGCAGUACCGGUUCCGCUGGCGAUGAUCGAGACUGCUACACCACGUGCAAGGUAUGUGAGUUCCCCAUCGGUCAUCGUGCGGAGAUCAACCUCACCCCUUUGCAGUCCAGCAGGGUCUAUGACACUAGGAGCCUCCCGGAGGAGACACCCUUUUUCCAAUCCUAUGCCAUGACACCUGUGAUCCGAAACGCGCUAGGCCCACCGGAGAAGAGCAUGGCCAGGGCGACCAAGGCGGCCUUAGCCUGGGCUGCUGCCGGGCGGCGGGUCCUGGGAGGUGUGCGCAGCGCUUCAGCAGUGCCUGCGCGUGGCUAUGGGAUUCCCAUGGCUCUUAGGCAACAGCGGUAUUCUCAGAGGGGCCUGGUGAUUCAGGCCGAUGGGGCCGCUGGAGCCGAUGAGGCCGAUGAGGCCGAUGAGGCCGAUGGAGCCGAUGAGGCCGAUGAGGCCGAUGAGGCCGAUGAGGCCGAUGGAGCCGAUGAGGCCGAUGAGGCCGAUGAGGCCGAUGAGGCCGAUGAGGCCGAUGGAGCCGCUGGAGCCGCUGGAGCCGAUGACACCGAUGAGGCCGAUGGAGCCGAUGAAGCCGAUGGAGCCGAUGAGGCCGAUGGAGCCGAUGAGGCCGAUGGAGCCGAUGAGGCCGAUGGAGCCGCUGGAGCCGAUGAGGCCGAUGGAGAGAUUGCGACAUGGCGAAGUCAAUGGCAGCUCUGGAGGAUUCCUCUCCAUGCGGUCUUUGGGCUGCGGUGCCCCUUGGCAGCAUACUAUGGAACGGCCCUGUGGGCUGGAAAAUGCAUGGUGCUUGUGCUGUUGUGCGAAGAAGUGCUGAUUUUGUUUGCAGUGACCAAAAAGCUGACAGAAAAACCCGCGGAGUUUGGGACGUUGCUGGACGUUGCUAGGAUACGUAGUCUUCAACUGAUACUUCUACUGAGUCAUACUGAUCCCAUGGGCGACGCUCUGUCGAUGCAGAAUCAGAACUCGCGGCUUUGGCACUACCUUCAGGUCCAUGAAGCCAACUUGACGGCACUGGCUCUACAGCAGCGGGAGCAGGGAGGCCCAGGAUGCCCACAGCUGGAUCAUGACCUGACCCCGGCGCCCGCUGUCGCGCCGCGACGUCGCCAACGCUGCGGCGGCUUUCCGGCGAUGCCAUGGAGAAAGGCGUGCCGCACGGCGACGCCAGCGGGUCCAAGAGACCCAACGAGCCUCAUACCUUCCAACAAACGGCCCCGCGGACCUAGCGGCUCCUUGAUGCUGGAGCGGCAGUGGCUGCCGGCAUUGGAAGAUGAGGUGGGAGAACAUGUGGAACAAGUCGCAGCCGCUGCACCCUCGACUUCAGACUGGCGGAUGGUGCUUUAUCAUGAUCGAAAUGUGGUCUUGUACAAUCCUGAUGAGAAGCCGUCCUUUCGAUCGCGGAGGCUUUCAGUGGAUGAGGCAGCGCCCGGAACGGAGCUCGCGAACCCUUCUGGGCGCUGCCCCCUCUGUCGACAGACCGUGGAUGCACGGUUCGCCUUUGCGGCACAGGCCCUGUCAAGUGCGGCUAAGAUGGCUCGCAAGGCGCACAAAGACCUCCAGUUGUUUGCAGUUCCCCUUGUCCGUGUGAUGCAGUCCUUGGGUGAACUGGCCGACGAUGAGUCAUACGUUGCCUACUUCGACCUGCUGCAGGGCCUCUUUCGCAGCGGCGGCCGCGACGGCGCCGAGGGCGAAGAUAUCGAUCUGCUGGCGGAGACAGAUCUGUACAGGCCAUACGGGACGGAAGAUGUUGUCCCAUCCCAGAUACUUGGCGUCUCCCGCAGUGCCAAAGCGGACGACAUCAAGCGCGCAUACCGGAAGCGAUCCUUGCGGUUUCACCCGGAUAAAAAUCCUGAUGAUAAAGAUGCGAAAUUGAAGUUUCAGAAAGUGGCCGAAGCGUUUAGCGUCCUGUCGGAUGAGACGAAGCGAGCCAAGUACGACAACUCUGGAGACAUGGACCUGGAAGGCUUCGAUGUGGAGACCUUUAUGGAGAUGGUGAAUGCUGCAGGCCUCAGAUUUCACAAGACCUGCGAUGAACGUGAGGAGCUGGGCAACACGAAACACGGCGACUUCCAAGAGGAUAGCCGCCUCGAUCGGCUGGGAGCCUCUGACGGCGAAGAGCAGGGCGAUGCUAUCGAAGCCAUUGGAGACUAUGACAGCAAUCCGUUCUUGCUCAACGCCAAGGGCGUGGACCCCACAGAGGUCCCCAUCUUCGCCUCCGAGGGCGGCGCUAAGGCGGAACAGGCCGCGGCCGCGGCGCUGAGGCUAGAUUUCAGCAACCGAAGGGACUUCACCGACAACGGUGACCAACGUUACUACGCGCGCUUUUUUCAAGAGACUCGGCUUCUGGGGUCCGGAAGCUUUGGAGCUGUCUUCCUUUGUCGACAUGUCUUGGAUGACAUGAUGCUGGGGGACUAUGCAGUGAAAAAAGUGCCAGUGGGUGACAACAAAGUUUGGCUCCGCGACAUGGUUAGAGAGGUGAAGACCUUUGAACGUCUACACCAUCCCAACAUCGUGGAGUACAAACACAGCUGGUUGGAGCUCUCCCGAAGGUCGGAAUUCUGUCCCUUUGUGCCGUUCCUCUUCAUCCUGAUGCAGUACUGCAAUGGGGGAUCGUUGGCGGAGAUGAUUUGGCACGACGGCAACCUGAUGACGCCCAAGGAGCCGCUAUCGACAGAACAGACGUGGCACUUCCUGAUUGAUAUUUUGCUGGGCUUGCAGCAUUUACACCGUCAGGGCAUCCUCCAUCGGGACUUGAAGCCCACCAACAUCCUCCUGUCUUUCCCGGAGGAAGUUGGAGGUAGACGUACAGAUUUCCCCCGGGCGCUGCUGAGCGACUUCGGCACGGCGCAAGCCUUUGGCGAGCCGCCCGCGAGCGCCACCGCGGCGCAGAGUAGGGGCUACACGGGCACCGUGGAGUACACCGCACCCGAACUGCUGUUCACGGAGGAUUUCAAGAGGGAGUACUCUGAGAAGAGCGACAUGUGGUCACUGGGCAUGGUGCUCUAUGCCAUGUGUUUCACAUCCCUCCCCUUUUCGCAUGAUGAUCCGCACGUGCUCAAGGGCCUCAUCCGGUCCUUCGUGGAGGAGAAGCGUUCGGCCCGAUGCCCCGAGACCGCCACACCGGCGGAGGAGGACGCUUCCAGCUGGUUGCCCUUCGAUGAGGGCGGCCGCAUCGGCCCGUUGCGCUUAGUCCUGGCAGCCUUGCUGGCUUUGAAUGCGCAUCGGCGGCCAGCGGCCAGCGACCUGCUGGAGAAUCCCGUCUUCCGGCGACAGGAUACCUCCGGAAGCAAGAAGACAAGACAACAGCUUUGCCAAUUGACUCGUCAUGGAACUGCUUUGACUAAGCACAUCAUAGCAGAACCCAACCAGCCAGGUUGGGCCAGGUUAACCAGACUCCUGGGCCAAUUGAACAAUUUGAUCGUGGCCCAGCAGCGCGAGCUGCGGCAAGUUGAAGAUCAAAUGGCCACCCCAGCGCCGGCGCCGAUGGCAACACCCUUGGUGGUGGGCGCGGCAGAUACCGCGCCUGGGCAAAUCUGGGCAGCGGUGGCGAGGAAGAUGAAAGAAAUGAGCAGAGAACACCAAGAAGAGAUAGAGAGGCAACAGCAGCAGAUCCAGUCCCUGCAGCAGGCGCUGCAGCGACUCUCGGAGCAACAGCAGCAGCACCCCGUUCCCCUGGUGCCUUCCGCGGUGGCUGCGGCACCAGAGGAUGGGCAACCAGGUGCUGGCCAUGGGGUGGGGGGUAGGGUGGGUGCCACCUUGAAUUCGACCAGUCAGGACUUCCCGGCAGAGUGGCUGGCCCAUUUCUCCCGAGCUGAUUUAGAACAUUCAGCCAAAGAAGCGGAGAAAUGGCGGCAGAUGGCCAGGAAUGCGGCGAUUCAUAGCUGGAAGGGCUACAGGGAACGCGCCUGGGGCAAGGACGAGAUGCGCCCUGUGUCAGGCUCUGCAGGCCGCGUUUGGGGCAACUUGGGGCUACAGAUCUUGGACGGCCUCUCUACUCUGUGGAUCAUGGAUCUAAAGGAUCAAUUCAACGAGGGCGCCGAAUGGGUGGAGCAGAGCUUGCAGUUUGACCAUUCUGGCUUCGUGUCUUUUUUCGAAAUCACCAUCCGGGGCCUAGGCGGCCUUCUCUCGGCCCACGCCUUGUCCGGCAGAAAGAUCUUCCUCCAGAAAGCCCAGGAGCUGGGAGAGAAGCUUGUGAGAGCUAUCAAUCCGCAGACUGGUUUUCCCAUGACCCAGUUCAACGUGAGGACGGGUGAGGGAAAGAAGGGCUGGUUCUCGGGCACCCUCCUGGCGGAGGCGCGGCGCGGCAAGCAUGGGAUGGCGGCUGGCACGGUGCAGUUGGAGUUUCGCUAUCUCUCGCAGCAGUCUGGGGAUCGAAAGUUCGCGGAUGUCGGGGACCGGGCGAUGCGGCAAAUCUUGCAGGCAGAGAACGGGCAAGGCCUAGUGCCCUGGGGUUUGUCCAAUGCUGGCACACCGAGAUUCACCAAUAGUCAUAUCACCUUUGGCGCUAUGGGCGAUUCCUACUACGAAUAUUUGCUGAAGCUGUACGUCCAGUCGGAUAAGACGGAGCCUGAGUGGAAGGAUGCCUGGAAACGAGCCAUGAACAAAGCCUUUCAACGCUUGAUUUUCACCACGAAAGGCGGCUUGACGUACAUCGCGGAAGAGAAGAAUGGCCGAGUGGAUCAUAAAAUGGAUCAUUUAGCCUGCUUCGUAGGAGGGAUGCUCAUUUACGGUGCCAGAGAGUUGAAGCCUGAGGAGGUGGACGUGCGCUGGGAGCAGACGGGUCGCCAGAUCACGGAGACCUGCUACGAGAUGUACAAACGGCAGCCAACCCAUUUGGCACCCGAAGCAACGAGAUUCAAUCCUCAAGGCGCCCAAGGUCAAGAUAUGGGCGCCUGGAACAAUGCUGGCCAAUAUUUGCUGCGUCCAGAGGCAGCCGAGGCCAUCUUCUACAUGUUCUACUACACCGGCGAUCCCAAAUACCGACGUUGGGCAGGAGCUGCUUGA